AUGACGACGGCGACACGCUGGCUCGGGACUUCGGUGCUCCUUCCCAAUCUUGCUCGCUGCUCGAACCUUCAACGCCCGCGCCAAGCUUGGCGCGUGUCCAGCCACCUACCUAACGCCCAAGGCCCGCGUCUCCAGAAGUGCUCAUUUGGACAGCAGGCCAGCCUUUCUAUCGACCAGUCUUUGUCUAGCUCUUUUGUUGUUGCCGCGCUUCUGCAUCUUCUAGACGACAUGAGUGCUCUUCUACCUNUUCGCGACAUCAAUGUCCACGCUUCCUCGACCCACUAUGCCUUCUCGUCUCCAUCGUCCCCUUCCGCACCCACCCUUGUUGUAGAGCGUCCAUCUGGUGAUAUCCGUCUUCAUGGUGGCAAGCUUUUGGGUGGUCAAAGAGUUACGAGUAUCCAGGGUAUUCUCGGAAUCAUCAGUCUGCGCCUCGACAAGUACAUCGUUGUAAUCACAAAGGCCCAGGCUAUGGGCAGGAUCAAGGGCCAUCAGAUCUACAGAGUUGUCGCUACUGAAUUGCUGCCCCUUCGUGAGAGACAAGUUCGUGAUCCUGAUGAGGAUAUCUACCUCGGACUGGUCAACACUUUGCUCAAGACCAGCCCUUUGUUCUUCUCAUACACUUUCGAUCUCACCAACAGUUUCCAAAGACAGGCCGAAAUCGAUCAAAGCUCUCCCAUCUGGGCAAGGGCCGAUGAUCGCUUCUUCUGGAACAAGUUCAUCCAAACUGAUCUGAUCAACUUCCGUCAAGGUCAAGGAGCUCGUCGCCAAAAUGUUGGUCCUCAACCCGCCAUGGACCCUUAUAUUCUGCCCGUCAUGUACGGUAUGCUCAGAAUCACCAACACUUCAGUCAAGAGUGCUCCCAUGACUUUCAUUCUCAUCACUCGUCGUUCAAGACACCGUGCUGGUACUCGCUACUUUUCUCGUGGACUGGACGAGCAAGGACAUGCUUCCAACUUUAACGAGACCGAGCAGAUUGUUAUUUUGAACGAUGAUGCUUCCAGUGGAAUGACCACCUUUGCUGGCGAUGGUGGCUUCUCCAACAACAAACUCCCUGGUGGAGAGACUCAAGUCUUGUCAUACGUCCAAACCAGAGGCAGUGUCCCUGUUUACUGGGCUGAGGUCAACACCUUGAAAUACACUCCCAAGUUGCAGAUCAGAGGAGUUCAAUCUGCUGUGCAUGCAGCAAAGCUACACUUUGAUGAACAGAUCAAGCUUUACGGAGAGAACUACCUGGUCAACCUUGUCAACCAAAAGGGCCGUGAGCAGAAAGUCAAGGAGGCAUAUGAAGAUGUGGUCAAACUUCUCGUAUCGAACCCUGCAGAGGAUACCGAAGCGGAUCGCACAACAAGAGAAAAGUUCCACAUUCUCGAGCCUCAAGGCGGCCGACAUGAGUUUGACAAAUUGCACUAUGUCUACUUUGAUUUCCACAACGAAACCAAGGGAUUGAAGUGGCACCGUGCGCAGCUUUUACUUGACCAGCUCAAGGAUGGUUUGAUGAAAGGAGAGUACUUCCGCGGUGUCGACAAGCCCAGCGGCGGUGUGCAAGUAUUGAGCCGCCAAAGUGCUGUCGUUCGCACCAACUGCAUGGACUGCCUGGAUCGCACCAACGUCGUUCAGUCUAUGCUUGGCCGUUUCACUCUUUCUCGCAUGUUGACCGAUGUCGGUAUCUUGAAGGCUGGAGAGAAUGCUCAGGAAGAUGCUGCAUUCGAACAUUUGUUCCGCAAUGUCUGGGCAGACAAUGCAGAUGUGGUCAGCAAGUCUUACUCGGGGACUGGUGCUCUCAAGACAGACUUUACCCGUACUGGCGAAAGAACGCGUGCUGGUGCCUUGCAGGAUUUGAACAAUUCAAUUACCCGCUAUGUGUGCAACAACUUCCUCGACGGACCUAGACAGGACGCCUUUGAUCUGUUUCUCGGCACCUAUGCACCCGACCCUUCGGGCUUGGGCUCAGCACAUCAGUUUGCGGACACUAGACCGGUGCUGAUCCAGUCUUUGCCGUACAUCCUGGCCGCCUGCGUUUUCUUCAUCUUCAUCUCACUUUUCACACGUCGCCUGCCGGAUGCUACUGUAUGGCCUUUGAGAAUCUUUGUUCUCAUCUGUGUUGUCGGUGCUGCAUGGUCUGGUAGAUUCAUCACCUCGCAUGGAGGUCUUUACGUCAACUGGCCGAAGCUCAACACACCAGCACACGCUCUCGAAAGUUAUCAAGAGACUCUCGAGCGUGUAAGUAGAGAUCCUCUUCUGGGAUCCAUGGUUUCCAAGCACGGUCGCGGCAAGAGCGAUGCCAGACUUGGAUACAUGGAGGAGGGCAAGAAGCGUAGAGAGUAA